GUGGUCACAUGGGGAGAUGUUGAGAUUGGUGUAUCUGGCUUGAAAAAUUUGGGGAAUACUUGUUACAUGAACGCCACCUUACAGUGCCUCAGUUCCACAGUUCCAUUUGUGCGCAUCUUCCAAGUCGCCGUCAACACUAUCAAUCCAAUGGGGAGCAAAGGACUUAUUGCCCAGGCUUUCUCCUCUAUCAUAAGAGAUAUGUGGCGAAGUGAAUACACAUACCUCUCGCCGACUCAUUUCCGGACUCAUAUAUGUCAGCGUGGCGUCCAAUUCGCUGGCACAAAUCAGCAUGAUGCACAGGAGUUCCUCAGUUUCCUCCUUGAUGGUUUACAUGAAGAUCUCAAUAGGGUUCUGGCAAGGCCAGAGCCUCGUGCUCUCACCAUAGAACGAGAAGCAGAGUUAGAACAUCUCCCGCAUCAGAUUGCUAGCGCGCAAGAAUGGACUUUUUACCUGUCCCGAAAUGAUAGCAUUGUAGUCGAUUACUUUCAGGGCCAGUUCAGAAAUCGGUUGCAGUGUCUUACUUGUCGCAAGACGUCGAUAACCUUCAAUGCGUUCAUGUAUCUUUCGCUGCCUAUUCCCACUCGUGGAGAAAAGGCUAGUCUUUCACAGUGUUUGGACACUUUUGUGGGGGAAGAGAUUAUGGAAAAAUCGAAUGCUUGGAAUUGUCCCCACUGCAAGGUGUUACGAAAAGCUUCCAAACAAUUAUCAUUGUCCCGUCUCCCGCCGGUGUUGCUCAUCCACUUGAAACGGUUCUCAUUCAAUGGGCCCUUCACGGACAAAGUAGAGACUCAAGUUGACUUUCCUGUCAGAGGAUUGGACCUAACCAGGUACAUGCCUCAAUCCACUACUGCCGUAGUGAGCAGCAUGAAAUCGCAAAGCAAGACAGAUCCUAGGACGCAGGAUCCUCCAUUUAUGUAUGACCUUUAUGGAGUUAUCAACCAUUUUGGUAACCUCAGCAGCGGACACUACACGGCCCAUAUCGCAUCGAAUGGAAGGUGGCUUUAUUGCGACGACUCGCGGAUUAUGGAAGUCCCCACCGCGAAUGUCGUGGGGAGACCAGCAUACAUACUUUUCUACAAACGAAGGACAUCAUGACAUCUGAAACACAUAAUGCAUUAUAUUUCCUUUUUGAACUGUUUCCAGCACUGGUGGCAGAAUGUGGUGCCAUCGUCAUUCCAAAAGUAUGGUGAAUAUGCCGUUCGACAUCGCCCACACUCGGGAUCAGCAAGACCAACAAUCUUAUUUGGUGUUGACCGAAGAAGGAAAUCGUCCAAACGUCGAGCUUUUCGAAGCAGACCGUAUGUAGUAAGGGGUGCUUGUUUGUAAUUUUCACAAUAGAGUUGAAGGCGAACCUUGCCAUCCACAUCCCGUU